GCAUUAGCGCCUCCUUACCUUUAGAGACCUGCAAUUGCACAUACACCCCAUGGUUGGCGUGCAUUGUUGUUGUUUUUGUCUGCUGGACCUGCAUUCGUUCCCACUGCGGCUGAGUUGAUUAGGGUGGCGCGCAUUGAGCUGAUCACUCGAGCCCUCUGUCAACAUGGGAAACAAUCCUCCAUGGCUGGAGAGCCUGUCCGACGACUGGGUGCCAUUACCAGCAACUCCCGGAACCCCAGCAACCCCGACCAGUCCGGCAACAACUCGUCCCCUCGACCACUCCCGACGCUCCAGCUUACAGAGCACCCCGAGUCGCCUACCGGUCCCCGCGCGUCGCUCCGUCGAACCCUCCUCCAUCGAUCAGAAGAAGGUCCCUCGUCCCUGUCAUUUUGCGAGAAAGCCCGCGCCUCCCACCCCAAAGUACAACUCCCCCAGGACCCCCCAUAAGCCGCGCACCCCCGUCCCCAAAGUUCGCACGCCCAGACCCGAUAGGACGACCCCCAAAUACAACCCCCCGUCGACCCGCAAGAAGCCGCCCCCCACGGACACCAAAUCGCCGCUGCGCUCGGUCUCGAACGUGUCCAAUAUGUCCAACCGGUCGAGCCAGCAGGGGACCGUCCAGGUGCGGCCCAAGAAACGGGAUGAGAAGGAGGGAACUCCCGAAUGGCGGAAGAGGCUCGUGAAGGGUGACAUCCCCGCGGGUGAGCAGCGCGAUCUGUUUGCUCCCAUCGGGUUGGAGAGUGUCUUUAAGCCGCCCACCCCAGGGUCGGACAAGACCCAGCAGGAUCCCAUGGCGCACAUGAAGAAUACGGGCGAGGCGUGGGAUCUCGACCGGAGUCUGAACCGAAAUAAGGAUACGGAUGCGAAACAGGACUCCGCGAAGAGAAGAGGGGCACGGAACUCAUCCGGUACCAAUCCUCGGUCGUCGAUCACCAGAGUCAAGCCGCGCAUCACGACACAAGCCAGCACGAGCCCCCUUGGAUCGCCAAAACGACCGACGGAAACCACCAACGCGUCGGAAGGGCCGUCGCUAGACCUCGAACAGACCCACGAUCUCUCACAGAACGACACCCAGAGGAGAACCGCGAGCGGUCUGGAGGACCUUCGCAACGAGGACAUCACCCCGAUCACGUUUUCGCGCACAAACACGGUCGAAGGAAAUGGGACGUCGGAAGUCAUUCGGUCUGCCCUGAAGCAGGUGACGAACAAGCUGGAACGGCUGUCGCUGGCCCCGUGGGAGCGACCCAACUCCCGCGCCAGCGACAGCGUGUUGCUGAACCAACAAAGCGACCCCGCCGUCGAAACGGUCCCAGAGGACGACUUGCUGGAUGUCACCAGUCAUUCCUUGCCGCAGGACCUGUCUGUCGGCACCCUGGACCACCGGGGACGAAGAGCCUUUGCGAGCUUGCGGCGGGAUCAGUACCUGGGCGACACCUCGUUCCAAAGGCGACGUCUUUCCCCACCUUCAUUCCCGACUCAUCUCUCUCCAUUCCUCCCAGAGAAUUCCCGAAUCCGUAGCUCACCCCCCUUCUACAACAAACCAAACCCAAUGACGGAUUCACUCACGCUUCCGCGACCCUCAUCCGCCCAUGUCAUGUCGACAAACUUUGACCAAACCGGACAAGACUCAACGGACGCCAUGCCGUCGUCUGGAAGCCCACUGAAGCUGUUUGGCGAUCACGACACCUUUACAAACAACAAACUGCUGCGCCGAAUGUCUCAAUUCGAAGAGACUUUUGGAGGCCUCUCGGAAGACGACGAGCCGGUCUCGCCAUCGGAGGAGGCUCGUCGCAAGGGGGAGAACCGAAGUCUCCUGGGUCGGCACGACGAUCCGUUCAGUGAGAAUUCCACGCGACGGUACGAGCGGCCGAGGUCUCGACACACCCCAAAUAGCCGGCUGCAUAAGUUUGGAGAUGGGCAGUUGGACCAUUUCGGGUUCCCUGAUACGAAUCCCAACGAGCCACAAUUACUGAGCCACGAACCUUCGGAUGCCAACUCACGCCCAUCUUCGCGACGGCAGAAAUAUCUCCGACGCACCUCUUACCGGACGUCCAGCCGGGACCAGACCUCGAUUGCUUCCAACUCCAAGUAUCUCGGCCGGUCGAACCUUUCAUCAGCCGCCAGCACCCAGAGAGACAAGGACGGCGGCAGGGACGCCGACAAAGAGAACCAGGACCCAUCGGAAAAGGACGCGACGCCGCCUUCCCCAGCAAAGGAUCCACACCCCAAACGGCGUCGGACGAUCCUGAUGUCGGAUGAUUCGAUCCAGGAUGACUAUGAAGCGUGGACGGCGCCAGGUCAGGCCCCCGACAAUCUAUCUCUGCUCCAGAGAAGCUUGAUGCAACAUGGCGUGAGCUACGACGAGGAUUCUUCACGGCCGCGGAGUCCGACUCCAAACCAAACGGCAUCCUUUGACGCGGGAAACGACAGCUUCAGCCAGAACGAUGGGGAUUCCAUCUUUUUUGAUGGGGAGCAGUCCAUGAAUACCGACGUACCGAUCGUCAGAGUGACCGGCGUCAAUGAUGAGAUCCGCAAAGGGUCAAUUACGACCCAGGACUUUCUCAACGAAGCGACCAAAAUCAUGGAUAUCAUCAGAUCCAACGGCCACAAGGGGAACGGCUUAUCCAGCGUGGAAGAAUCAACCGCCGAAGACGGCAAGAGUAACGACAGUUACGACGAUGAUUCUACUCGUGAGGAUUUCUCCCGACCUCCAAGCCGCGAAGGGGUCGACAUACGCAAGCUACGUGAGCCCCGGACACAGAAUGCCCGCGUACUGAGCCAUCUACGCAAGUUCCAGGAGAAAGACGAUCAGGAAUUCGGGUCCGUCAUGUCCCUGAAUUUCGAUCCGGCUAAGAACCCAAGGUCCCUGCCGAGGGGUAGCAGGCGAGGCAGUAUCCCUGGGCCCCGCAAACGCAAGCUAUCCACGCAGAACUCGUUUGGCGAAGAUGACGACCUUCCUGAUCUGUUGACCCUUAACACGCAGCUGUCAAAGGCUUUCAGUGCACGAUCCAUACCGACCAGCUCGUCCCAAAAUUCACAAGCCAAGGGCGUUCUGUCGUCGGACUUGGUGUCCCACCUGAUCCCUGAGCAGGUAAACGGUAUGACGUAUGACCGUUUGAAGCACCAGUGGAUCAGACAACGACCGAGAAAGCUUGCCUCGUUACCUAAAGACGAUAAUAGCGAGGAUGAUCCGUUCAGCGAUAUCCCUGAUCUCAGUGUCGACGAAAUGCAAGAAAUUCUGCGGAUCGAACGCUACUUUUCUGACCGUCCGGACACCGCCGACUCCGCACGAUCUAAUGGGGCUCAAGGCUCGCUUCGGAGUGAAGGUCAUUCGGCAAAGUCAGAGCCCCGACCAGAGUCCAAAGAUGGAGAACCAUCGGUCACGGCCAGCUCAGUCCAGUCGAAAGGAACCCAAUUUACUUCGAGUGUCCCACACACCGGGACAGGUGCCACGUCGUGGGGCACGGAGGCGCGAAAGAGCAGAGAUUCUUCGAACGAGGCGAAGCACGAGAUGCAGCUUCACGAAGGGCAGCCAUCAAGACCUCCUGGACAACAGAAGGACGCCAAUCAGAAAGCGCGGGUCGUCACCAUCAGCUUUUCCUCGCCCCUUGUCUCACAGGUCGCGUAUAGUGACGACGAGAGUCCUGCGAAACUUCGACGAGAACAAAAUAGUACUGGGUCUCAGACUGAGCAUCAAGAGAUUGAGGGCGAGACUUCUCGUCUAGAUUCAAGGCAAACGACCAUGCUUACAGGUCGUCGCAACUCAGUGCACGAGGAGCCUUUCCUGAGACGCUCUAUUUCGAGGAUCGACGAGCGAGAUGAAGACGCGGCGGAAAAUAUGAGUCUGGUGCGGAGAAACUCAAUGCCUGCCGAGACUUUCCUGUCGGAGCACUACAACGAAAACUCGAUGUUGGUGCGGAACACGGGCCAUGACACGACCUAUAGUUUCCAUAUGAGUCCCUUGCCGGAUUUCACCGUGGACCAGGUCGACCAGUCCCUGGAUCCGGAGAUGAGCUAUGUGGCUCAACGGACGCAUCCCAAGUCGCUGCGCCAGGUCCAUGGAACCUUUGCGAUGGCGACUGAGGAAAUAGUGAAGCAUAUUACGGAAGCUGAGCCGUUUGAACCGUACUGGGAACACGUUCGCCGUCUGGUUCUCCGCCGAAAAGGGCUGAUCACUCUCCACAAAUUGGCGGCUUUCUGUCCCCGGUUGGAAGACCUGGAUGUGUCUUAUAAUGACAUCGGCCAGCUGGGUGGUGUACCUUCGAGUCUGCGGACCUUGAAGAUGCAGAAUAACUGUCUGUCGAAUCUCACGUCUUGGAGUCACUUGAGCAACUUGCAGUACUUGGAUGUCUCAGGAAAUGACCUCGAGAGCUUGGAUGGUCUGAGUGGUUUGAUUCAUCUCAGAGAAGUCAACGCCAGCAAUAACGACAUCAGAGACAUCUCCGGAGCCUUCGAGUUGAAUGGCCUCCUGAGCUUAAAAUUGAGCAAUAACAGCCUGACCAUGGUUGACUUUGCCGGGUCCGAACUCACUCGUCUUGAAGAGUUAGAUUUAAGCCACAAUAAUUUGCUAUCCGUGCAGAACCUCGGCAGCCUGUGCGCGCUGUCGUCCCUCGAUCUCAGCUCUAACCAGCUAAGCAAGGCGGAGUUCUCGAACGUCCUCCUCAACAUGCGAUCAUUGCGGGUCUCCAACAAUCAACUACCCUCUCUGGAUGUCGGGGUAUUCCCUUCACUGACCCUUCUAUACGCGGACCAAAACCGUCUCUCCACCAUUUCUGGCCUGGGGCGCUGCCACAGCCUGGAGAUCCUCUCCGCCCGAGAACAAACACUGUCCAACGAGCACAACGGCGGCUUCUUCGACGUGGAUCUAGGUCUCGUGAAAGACGUCCGCAAAGUCUUCCUAUCCUCGAACCACCUCUCCAUGCAGACCCUCUCCCCAUCCGUCCCACUCUCAAGCCUCCAACUCCUAGACAUCGCAUCCUGCAACAUCCAAACCCUCCCAAUCGACUUCGCCCUCAACUUCCCCAACCUCAAAGUCCUCAACCUCAACUUCAACUCCCUAGCCAGCGUCGCCGAACUCGUCGGCCUAAACUGUCUCGCCCGUCUCACAGUCGCAGGGAACUGCAUCGCCCGUCUGCGCAAAUUCUGCCAGGUCCUCAGCCGCCUCGGCAGAAUGAACAAGAGCAAGGUCUCCUCCCUCCAGAAGGUAGACACGAGGGGUAACCCCCUCACCGUCCGCUUCUACCCGCCCGCCAUCACAGGAAGCGGUCGCGACAACAGACCGGACGCCAGGAAACUCAAAGCCAAGGAAGAGGAGUCCCCGGCCACAAGCCCAGCCCGCAAAACAGGCCUAGACCUCCCCUCCGUCCUGGCCGACUUCAGCCACUGCCACGAACUCUCCCGCAUCAUCGGCAAUGAUGACGAUGAAGAUAACGACGACGAGGCAGACGGACCGGAGAUCGACGACCCGUACACCCUCCCCCUGGCUGACGCCCUCGCCGACCAGAAGUAUGUCUCUCGUCUGGAUGAGUCCACGCGUCUCAGACGGAGAGUCUUCGAACUCAUGCUUUAUGCUGGGACGGGCGGAUCGCUUAAGUUCCUGGAUGGGCUUGAGAUGCGUCCUACUCUUGAGGAGGGGUCAGAUAUGGAUCGUGCUUGGUCGAGGCUGGAGAAGUUGGGCGUGUUGAAGAAGAAGGCUAUUACUGCUUGAUGGCUUCUUCUAUUCACUUUGCCUUACGUUCGCUCUCUCCCAUUUUCUCAGUCCACGAAGGGUUCUCAUCUCCUACCCUCACUUCCUCCUUUUCAUAUAUUUAGCGUUUGUUUCUGGUGUCUGUCGGUUGGUUGGUAUUUAUCUCCCUGGUGCUUGGUUGUCGAUUUAUUCAUUAUCUAUUGUAAUGGGAGGUGCGCUCACUACCUACCUACCCUACUUGACACUUCUAUGGCUGUACCUGGGGAGCACUGUCUAUUCAUUUCUCCUGCAUUCUGCUACACUGCAUGCUUUUGUCCUCCGUGUUCGUGUUACUUGCUUGCUUUAUUUUAUCCUUAGUCCACUGUCACUGACUUCAUUUGAUGGAGGACUUACUAUUGGGACCCUGGGGCUAGCGCUGGACCAAGGCGGUGUUGUGAUUAAUUGAUGGAUGGAUCAUGGCAUUGCAUACAUGCAUACUUACAUACCCGGAGUUUUUUUUUUUUUUUUU